AUGCACUCAUCAUCAUCAAAAACACAUAAUUAAAUCAUUUUCUCUCAAAGUUUAAUUUACAGUGUAACAAUGGCGGUUGAUUCUGGUCUUUCAUCUCCACUUGGUCCGCCUGCAUGUGAAAAAGAUGCAAAAGCCCUUCAAUUUAUUGAGGAAAUGACUAAAAAUGUUGACACAGUGCAAGAAAAUCUUCUUGCUGAAAUUCUCAGCAGAAAUUCUGAAACUGAAUAUCUGAAAAGAUUUAAUCUGAACGGAGCAACUGAUCGUGAAACGUUCAAAUCCAAAGUUCCGGUCGUUACUUACGAAGAUCUUCAACCGGAGAUUCAACGUAUUGCUAACGGUGAUCGCUCUAAUAUUUUUUCUUCACACCCAAUUUCUGAGUUUCUCACUAGCUCUGGAACUUCUGCUGGUGAGAGGAAAUUGAUGCCAACAAUUCAUGAAGAGUUGGACCGUCGCACGUUAUUAUACAGUCUUCUUAUGCCUAUCAUGAAUCUUUAUGUGCCUGGUUUGGACAAAGGAAAGGGUCUAUAUUUCUUGUUUGUGAAGGCAGAAACAAAGACACCAGGAGGGCUAUUGGCUCGUCCAGUUCUCACAAGCUACUACAAAAGUGAACACUUCAAGAACAGACCAUUCGAUCCGUACAAUGUUUACACUAGCCCAAACGACACCGUUCUCUGCUCCGAUUCCUUCCAGAGCAUGUACUCUCAAAUGCUUUGCGGUCUUAUUAUGCGCCAAGAAGUUCUUCGAGUUGGUGCAGUUUUCGCUUCGGGGCUUCUCCGAGCCAUUCGGUUUCUUCAGCUAAAUUGGCAACAAUUAGCUCAGGAUAUUUCAACCGGAAUCCUAAACCCUAAAGUUACAGACUCGGGAAUAAGAGAAUGCAUGGCUAAAAUCUUGAACCCGAAUCAAGAACUCGCUGAGUUUAUCACAAAAGAAUGCUCCGGUGAGAAUUGGGAAGGUAUCAUAACAAGAAUUUGGCCUAAUACCAAAUACCUAGACGUCAUCGUCACCGGCGCGAUGGCUCAGUAUAUUCCGACUCUCGAAUAUUACAGCAACGGUUUGCCUAUGCCGUGCACCAUGUACGCUUCUUCCGAAUGCUACUUCGGUGUUAACCUUAAACCAAUGGUGAAACCGUCCGAAGUUUCUUACACAAUAAUGCCUAACAUGGCUUACUUCGAAUUCUUACCGCACGAACACUCAUCUUCUUCGCCUAUUUCUCGUGAUUCUCCUCCGCGUCUUGUCGAUCUAGCUGACGUAGAAAUCGGUAAGGAAUACGAGCUUGUAAUCACUACUUAUGCCGGAUUAAACCGGUACCGAGUCGGAGAUAUUCUCCGAGUCACCGGUUUUCAUAACGCAGCUCCACAGUUUAAGUUCAUAAGAAGGAAGAACGUAUUAUUAAGCAUUGAUUCAGAUAAAACUGAUGAAUCUGAAUUACAGAAAGCCAUUGAAAACGCUUCUUUGUUGCUACGCGAAUACAAUACAACUGUGGAGGAAUACACUAGUUAUGCUGAUACAAAGACGAUUCCUGGUCAUUACGUGAUAUACUGGGAAUUACGAGUGACAGACUCAGCCAACUCGCCAACUGAGGAAGUCUUGAGUCAGUGCUGUUUAGCCAUGGAGGAAUCGCUGAACUCGGUGUACAGACAAGGGCGAGUUGCUGACAACUCAAUAGGGCCAUUGGAGAUAAGGGUAGUGAAGAACGGUACAUUUGAAGAGCUAAUGGAUUAUGCAAUAUCAAGAGGGGCGUCAAUUAAUCAGUAUAAAGUACCAAGAUGUGUUAGUUUUACUCCAAUUAUGGAACUGUUGGACUCACGAGUUGUGUCUAAGCAUUUUAGCCAAUCUCUGCCGUAUUGGACCUCGGAACGACGUCGUUGAGUGAGUCUGCAUGGCGGCAGAAAAGAAGUGAUGAUCACCACCUUGGGAAGAUAAUUAAUAAAUUAUAGAGCAGAAACAGCAACAGCAAGACAGCAACUACUCUCUAUAUAUGUCUUUUACUUUUUUUUUCCUUAAAAUAAUUUGUAGCUUUUAAAAUUGUCUUUUUAAAAAAAGGUUGUAAUGUGUCUGUGAUAUUUUGUUUGAUGUUUGUUUGUCCUUGGAAUGUUAUGUAUAAUAUUUAUGCUUCUGUAAUAACUUUAUCUCUUUUAAUCUUUUUCAUUUUUCUACUGCAA